CAUGGAACGAAAACAUCUUUAAACCGUGCCAAAUAAUACGUACAUUUCAAUCACUUUAUACGCUCGUAAACUCUAGAAUAUUUCACAACAAUUAACAGAAAGAUUUAAUUAUUUUCCCAUUAACGCGAGAAAAACGAUUCGGCGGUAAGAACUGAUUUGAAAAGUGGACCUCUAGCGGCCGUUACUGAAUCGACGCUACGGUGGAUGUAAAAGAAAGGGUACCCGGUACUAGAAGCUAUAGAAGAAGCUAAGACAACCCAAUGGAAGGGGUAAAAGUAAAAGAGAGAGAAGAGAGAGAAAAGCGGGGCUCGGCGAGGCGAGACGAGACGAGACGACUCGACUCGACACAGGCGCAGUCUCGCGGUGGAUCCCCGUACGAGAGGAACAUCAAUGGGCGGUCAGAGAGUAAGAUGGCGGACUGCGAGUCGGAGGUGCAGCGGUUGCCAGCCACGAACGAGGACGUAACGAGGAACGCGAGUGUGACGAUGAUCAACAACGGACGCGUGCCUCAGCACCCGGUGAAUCAGGCGAAUCCGAUCGGACAGGGACCGAGAUGCGUCACCAUUUACAAAACCGAGACUGGUUUCGGGUUCAACGUACGCGGCCAGGUCAGCGAGGGUGGACAACUGAGAAGCAUCAACGGGGAACUGUACGCGCCGCUUCAGCAUGUCAGCGCCGUGUUACCCCGAGGUGCCGCCGAGAAGGCCGGUGUACGAAAAGGCGAUCGAAUACUCGAAGUGAACAACGUGAACGUCGAGGGAGCCACCCACAAGCAGGUGGUAGACUUGAUCAAGUCCGGAGGCGAUGUCCUGACGUUAACCGUUAUCUCCGUUACGCCGCAGGAGGCAGAGAGAUUGGAGCCGUUCGAAGAUCUCAGUUAUGCGUCGGUGGACUACAGCGAGAAACGAUCUCUACCUAUCAGCGUACCGGACUAUCACGUUCGCGAGAGGAAGCAUGAACGAUACGUUGUCUUCAACGUACACAUGGCGGGCAGACACUUAUGCUCCAGGCGAUAUCGAGAGUUCGCUGCCCUGCACGUGGCUUUGAAAAAGGAAUUUAUUGGCUUUAAUUUCCCGAAACUGCCAGGCAAAUGGCCAUUCCAAUUGAGCGAGCAGCAACUCGACGCGAGGAGACGCGGUUUGGAGCAAUACCUGGAGAAAGUAUGUGCCGUUCGAGUAAUCGCCGAAAGCGACGCCAUGCAAGAUUUCUUGACCGACAGGCUCGAGGAGGACGGGGAUCAAGGGCCGGCCGUAGAUCUGAAAGUACUCCUACCGGAUCGCGAGGUUGUCACCGUCACGGUUGCCAAAGCUGCUUCCGUCAAGGACGUGUACGACGCGGUUUGCAGUCGUGUUAGCUUGGACGCGGAUACGGCAAAAUACUUUUAUCUCUUCGAAAUCGUCGAGUACAAUUUCGAACGGAAGUUGCAACCCCAUGAGCACCCUCACACUUUGUACAUUCAAAACUAUUCGACCGCCAGCGCGACCUGUCUCGCGAUAAGGAGGUGGCUUUUCAAUGUAAAUAGACCACUCGGAGAGCAAGCGUUAACUUGGAUCUUUUGGCAAACUGUUGACGAAGUGAAUAGGGGUCACAUCACAGCCGGUGAACGAUUGUACCAGCUGAAGGCUUUACAGGACGCGUCGAGGAAACACGAGUAUUUAAAACUGGCAAAGGAACUGAGCGGUUACGGCGACAUCGUGUUCCCUCACUGCGUGUGCGAUUCGAGGAAAGAAGGGCACGUUGUCGCUGCCGUAGGAGCAGCAGCAUUUAAGCUACACGCGGCGAAGGAGGACGGCACUUUGGAAUCUCAAGUCGUUGAAUUUCAAUGGAACUCUAUUACCCGGUGGGAGGUAGACGAAGAAGGAAUGGCGUUCUGCUUCCAGUACACGCGCCAGGACAAUCGUCCGCCGCGUUGGCUUAAGGUCUUCACACCUUACUACACGUUCCUGUCAGACUGUUUUGAUCGAAUAGCCGAGGAAGCCAAGUGGGACGAUCCCGGCGAAUGACGUAACAUCCGACGUUAAAAUCAUGUUUGGUGCAUAAUACGAGGGAUACCGUACCGUUUCAUCGAACGUUUCACUUGUCUGUCUGUCUUUGUAGCCAGGACUUUUCGAUUAGAAUUACUUUUUUAAGGUGACCGUACAGAUCAGUAAGACACCUAAUCAUAUCAGUCUCUCGCUUCGUAUCGGCUUCGUAAUGUGUGCGCGCGUGUGCGCGCGCGCAUGUGUGCGUGUAUCGUGUCAAAAUCAUUUGUAACGGUGCAUACACCCGUGUUCUUCUACAAACAACACAAACACGAAAUGUGCCGUUGUGAAACGAAGAAUUUUCUUUUUUAAGGAAAAGCUAUAAGGAAGAUAGUAAAUACCAAUACCAGCCGCGAGUACGAGUAUCAUCGUGUCUCUAGUUGAUAAUGUUUCUACGUUUCAAUGAUACAUGUUUCAAUGAUACUUUAGCUCGAACCACGAGUCGUUAAAAUACACAAGAGAUUUACAUUAGUCUCCAGAUGUAAGAUGUUGUUGCAAUAUCGCGCCGAACACUAACCUCUAGACGAAUCUAUCCUUUGGCCUAUCACUCGUUUCUCGUACAAUGUAAUUUAUUCUCGUACAAGAGAAUCGUUUAAUUACAAGACGUUCCUUUCUACCAGCCUAAUAGAUAUUGCAAAUUUUCGUUCAUUUGAUCCAUACGAGUGAAGCAACCUAGUAUUAACGGUAUAGUUUAAGCCGUUCUUUUCGUUUCGCGGCGACCCCCUGUCUGCAUUUCUUCAAAACGCUUCGAGCAUCGUUCAAUUUCGUACUACGCGAACGGGAACGGGAACGGGAACGCGCGCGUACAAAAGUCCGUUUCACGAUCUUCCGUCGUGUAAAAGUGUACACGUAAAUAGAAAUACGAAAGAUAACAGGAAUUUACUUUUGCUCCAAAGCUAUAUUUUUACUAUUAUACAAAGGCAGAGAGCUAUAAAGGUGAACUGUUCUCGAUAGUGUAGAAAUCGUGAACAUGCUUGAGGUUGUAAAGGAAACACGCGAUUCGAUAAACCAUAGCCGUGUAUAGUCGAAAUCUUAACGCGCUGCUGUUCCACCGUCGCCCGUUGCGAAUUAAAACAAAAGAAAAUACUUUGUAUUCGUUGCAUCGUACGAAAAAUAUUCGUAAAACAAGAGUAACUUGGAGCAAAAGGGUUCGAUGAAGGACGAGGAGGAGGAGGAGGAGGAGGAGGAGGAGAGCGUUAAUAAAAAUCCUACGAAUAUAUAAGACUUAAAAAGGAAAAUACAUUGAUUGAAAACACCAGUAAGAACGCCAUAAUGAAAAAAAAAAAAAAGUAAUAAAUAAUACUCAGUAACAUUGUUGAAGGAUAUGCUGAUAAUACCAAGUGAAAUAAAUAUAUAAAAUAUGAAUAAUUUUAGCGUCUCUGAUAUCGGUGAGAAGAUCGAUAGAAACUUUUUAAGUAUCUUGGCCUGCUCGUCGUGGUUCACAGUGGAUCGAACAGCGAAUCAUUCGGAACGAAACUUAUUCCGCAUUUAUUAUACCGUUUUCCCUUGAUCUUUCGGUUACUUUCCCCAUGGCUACGCAACCGAAUCGUUGCUCGUUCCCAACGAUUCGCUUGGCCAGCAACGAGAGAAGCCUCGGCAGAUAAUAAUUAUAGAGAUAGAUGUAUAACUAUCGUUAAUGUUUUUAAACUUUAUUCGGAUGAAAUGAAUCGUGCGUGAGAUUUUUUAGGCAGGCAGCGGAGGUCAAGUAUCAUCGAAGAGGAUGGUAACGAUAUACAUACGUACAUGUAUAAUGCUAACGGAAAGCUGUAGAAAUAAUGAGAAUUUUUGUUUAGUUUCGAUCCGAUACAAGUAUCGUAAAGGCAAUAUCCGGUGAAUAUACAUAGAGAUCGAAAGAAAAAUAUUGUUAAAAGUAUCCAGAGUUUGGAAGUUUUAAUUAUUUUUUCACCAGUCUAUCGUACGAUAACGACUCCCGAUUCUUAUUCUGUGAAUAACUCUGUCGCGGGAAGUGUGGAAAAAAACUGAUCCGCGAGCAAUCGUUGAAAGUUUGUUCGCGCACGUUCAAUCGAAAUGAUUAAAGGUAGACCUACGGUUGCUCGAGGUUUUCCAAAUAAAAUCCUAUUACGACGAUGCUACGAACUCUGUCUAGGUUUAAGUGUUGAAGGAUAGUUUGCCACUUCGCCAAUACGAUUUACCGAGAUAACGUUCGCUUGUCCCUUUGUUGGCGUCCGCCUUUUCCCGAAAACUCACUCCAAAGCAAACAAACAAAACUACAAACAUUUAUCUAUAGAAAGUGACACUUGUAUUAGUCCGUUAGCGUGUUUCUGAGUUUGCGAUCGGCAAAAUCAGCGCACACAAAGUAUCGAACAAGUAUUAAAAUAUCACGGAUAUGUUCUGGCCGAAGGUCGCGCGGAUUGGCAGAAAGAAACAGCCGUUCAGACUUUCAUGACUUUUUCUCAUGUAUUGUUCCAUUAAUCGAUGAAGUAAUUACAUAAUUAAUUAAAAAGCUAAGCGUUUCGCGAAGUCGGUAGAGCGUCAGAUAGAUAGGAUAGGUAGUAGGUACGCGUUCGCGGCAAUAAUAUUUUUGACGAAGUUAUAUCGUUGUAGGUACGUUAAGUAGAUGUUGAUGGUGUGUAGAAUAUUUUCGAAUGGGAUUAGCGUGAAUUGUAGGAAAGAAAUACGUCCAGAGUCGUAAACAUGCGAUGCUCCUUCGAUGCUUGGAUGCUCCGAUGCUCCGAUGCUCCGAUGCGUCGAUCUUAGAAAAAUGUGCGAGUUUUUUUGUUCGACGAAUUCUAUCGGUAAUUGUUAUUCGAGUGUAUAUUUAUUUAUGCCGUAUAUUUAUUAAGAUCGUGUAUCGUUCGCAAAAUGAAGCAUCCAAUUUGAUCGGUGCGCGAGUCUUUAAUUAUUUAUUGUCGCUCAAUAGUAUUUUUGUAUCGAGAGAAAUAUUGAUUUAUUUGCGUAAAAUAAAUUUGGAAAUCGGGUGAUAGGACAAUUAAUUAUUAAUUACUUCAUUAAUUAACACGUUAAGUAAGUCUGCCAAAUUGGAUGACGAAUUAGCUAGUAUAAUUUAAUUAUUGUUAUAGUAAGACCAUAUCAUUACAAUUAACUCCAUAGAAGUUAAUUAAACUAUUAUGUAUAAUCGUAGCCUGUAAUAACAAAUGCUCCAGUUUAUCAUCUGAUAUCAGUUCGCGACGUUUGCUGUAAAACUGGUAUUUCGGAUUAGCGGCGGUAUUAUUCGAUUUGUUUUCAAAUCAUCUUACUUAAAGUCGAGGGAAAAAUAAAAGAAGUGCAGAGAAUAUAGCCACGUCUGUCUUCUUUCUCUCUCGAAAGUCGAAAAAGAGAAUCUCUCUGUUGGAACGUCUGCUGUCUCCGUUGCGUACUUUUUCUGCGCCCGAGUCGAUAAGCCAGCCAAGCUGUAC